GAGUCCCGGCGGUGUAACCGGAGAGGGGCCUCACACAGAGGGAAUGCAGGACUGCAAUGGAGCACAAUGCAAUACAGUGGUUGGGUGCUCCCUCCUGCCAGCGAGGCAGCUAUGCCUUCUAUAAGUCGGUGAGCAGCAGAGCUCAGCCCGACGGGCCCGUCCAGGUCUGGAAGCUCGGGGAGUUUUACUUCAUCCGCUGCAGACCGCAGGAUCCGGUUUGCAUCGCCGAGGUGACCUUACUGUGGGAGGACCAGACCCGGCGCCACCUGCUGGCCAGCGCCAGACUCUACUUCCUGCCUGAGGACACACCGAAGGGUCGGACUAGGGAGCAUGGAGAGGACGAGGUUCUGGCCGUGUCCAGGAAGAUGGUGGUUCGGGUGGAGGACCUGGUGCGGUGGUCGUGUGCCGAACCGGCAGGUUGGAGCAGCAGCUCAAAGACGCCACCGAUCGGCGGCCCCAACGGCAUCCACAAACCUCCACAGAGCAGCGGCAGCAGCAACAACAACACACCGGACAAGAGCAGCGAGCCGCUCAAAGACAAAACUGAGAACGGUUCCUCGGCGGAGCGUCAGGGCAUCAAGGUGCUCAGCUACCCCCAGUACUGCCGCUUCCGCUCCCUGCAGAGGCGCAUCCAGGACGGGGCGAGAGGUCCGGGGCUGCAGGACCCCCACCUGCUGGCUCUGGGCGGCGUCAAGGUGCUGCCCAACACCCGACUCAUGUACUGCAGGGACACCUUCAACCACCCGACGCUGGAGAGCAGCGCCAGCUUCGCCUGGCAGUUCAGAUGUCCGUCUCUCAGUCUUCGAGGACGACCUCGUAAGAGGAGAGGCCGCGACAGCAGAGACUCCCCCAACUCCAGCCAGUCCGAGUCCUGGAUUGAGAGGAUGAAGGAGAACGUGAUGGGCAGCGUGGAGGUCGGCUGUGAGGGCAGCUGGCUGCCUCACCCUGAGGAGCAGCUGUUUCUGGAUCAGCUCUACGCCUUCAUGGACCGCAACGGUUCUCCCAUCCACAAAGUCCCCAACCUGGGCUUCAAGAAGAUCGACCUCUUCCUCAUGUACUCUGUGGUCAAACGGCUCGGAGGCUACAAGAAGGUGACGACGGACCGCCUCUGGAAAGUGGUUUACAACGAGCUAGGAGGAUGCCCUGGCAGCACCAGCGCCGCCACCUGCACCCGGAGACACUACGAGAGGCUAAUGCUGCCUUACGAAGAGCACCUCAGAGCGGGAGGAGCAGAAUUCAAAGUCCCAGAAUCGCCCCUGCCUCCGAAACCCAGAGGGAUACGAGGACGGAAACCACUUCCCCGAGGCAGGAAGCCAGGACCCAGAGCCAAGGUCAAGAAGGUGGCCACCUCUGCUCUUUCUUCUCCUCCUAUCGUGAACGACAGCGUGGUGGUGAAAAGAGGCCGAGGUCGGCCGCCUGGGACCCGCAACAAGGCGACGCUGAUCGCUCAGGCCAGACUGUUGGCUCAGCAGCAGGCCAAAGUCAAAACAGAGUGUCAGCAGCAGAGUCCUCUGCUUCCAGCCAAAGGCAGAGGAGGCCCGACGCCCGGCAGCGCACACCGGCCCAUCCAGCCGGCCAUCCUGCCCGUCAACAUGCCCCUCACCCCCGACCUGUCCCCCAUGUCCACCCCCUUCCUCCCCUUCCAGCCUAAACCCAAGGACCUGAAGCCGGACCGAGGCCCGUGCGGGGCUCCGGCUCCGGGCGUCCUCCUCUCCACGCUGCCUCGGCACUUCGUCGGAGGCUCUCUGGGCGGCUUCAGCCCCAUCAAGGGCGUGUGUCCUCUGGACGUCUUCAGGAACCGCAUCAGCCUCCAGCGGGGCCUGGAGAGCCCGGCGCUGACGCCUCAGGACCCGACGCAGCUCCACCCGACCAUCUUCACCCUGCAGCCCAAAGGAGGAAGCCCGGACACGCCUCACCCCAGCGGGGAGCAGCCUCAGCCCCACCAGCACCACAACCGCUGCUCCGGCUGUAACGUGGACGACGGCAGCCAGCGAGGAGGCGGUCGGGACCCCAGGAGUCGGCCACCGCUACCGCCUCUCCGGGUUCUGCCCCUGAACCUGGACUGCAGUGUUCAGGUGUGUCAGCUGAUGAGGACUCGUUGUCUGGACUCGUCUCAGCUGCAGAGCUUCACCCGCCGCCUGUCCGAGGCCCUGUCUCAGGACCUGAGCACCAAGCCGCCCUGCUCCCCCAUCACCCCGCCGCCUGAGCAGGCGCUGCCCCUCAACCUCAGCAAGCGCUUCGCUGCCAAGAGACCCGCCGCCGAGGGACCAGAGCCGAGCCGGGCGGCCGUCAACGGGACCACAGAGCAGCCGUCAUCCAAGAGACCCAGAGCUGGUUUAUCGGAGCAGGCCGAGGACUUCGGUCUGGGGGGCCGGUCCAGCUCAGUGGGGGGAGCAGGGCAGGAGGUGGAGGCCAAGAACCAGGAGGAACCGGCAGACCUGAGCUCCCCCAGCAGGAUCCGGGCCUUCCUGCUGGGCCUGCCCCCCUUCCAGGUGAAGCUCGAGGAGGAUCUGAACGGCAUGAGGUUCGAGAAGUUUCUCCCUCCAGGAUCUGAGGCCGAGACGAAGGCGGAGGGAGGCGUGAAGACGGAGGACGAGGAAACUGAGAGAAUCAAGUCUGAGCAGGAGGAGAGAGAUCCGGGUUCUGCAGAGCUGAAGAGAGCCGGAAACACUGACACACACUGUUUUUAG